AUGACAGCAUUUUGUUGUCCCACUGUUAACUGUUACAGGACAACAAGCAUGUUCCAUGUAGCCCAUGAAGCUAACUGGAGUGUCGGGGAACGUUCGGCAGCUUUCAGACUCAAGAUAGAAGGCCAAGACAACAUUUAUAUUGAGAACAGAAUUCCACUCGGCGCUAGCAACCCUUAUCUAAGAAAACUUCCAUUGCCUGAAGCUUAUGAAUCCAAAUGCAUGCUUCCAACUGACUUAGAGACUGCCCUUCGGACUUUAGAGGCUGAUACUGUUCUUACAGAAGCAAUGGGCAGUAAACUCGUGCAAUAUUUUUGUUUUGUUAAGAGAAAGUUUGAACUGGAGGAGUUUGCAGCCGCUGGAAAUCUUAGUGACGAAGAGCUGCUUAAAAUGGAAAAUGAGUAUUAUUUCCACAAUGUUUGA